AUGAUAUUUAUUCAUGGUGGAGCAUUUCAGUACGGAUAUAAAGACGUUUAUAAAUCUGAAGUCUUUGCCGCAGUCAACGACGUCAUUUAUGUAACUAUCAACUACAGGCUUUCAGCGUAUGGCUUUCUAGCAAGUAAAAAGUUCGGACUGAAAGGGAACUAUGGGUUAUGGGACCAACAUAUGGCAAUUCAAUGGGUGCACGAAAAUAUUGAAGCUUUUGGUGGUGACCCCGGAAGGGUAACAUUAUUCGGAGAGUCCGCUGGUGCAGUUGCUGUGAUGUAUCAAGCUCUGUAUGAAGGGAAUAGGGGUAUGGUACAUCGUGUGAUAGCACAAAGUGGAUCUGUUGUGUCUUACUGGACUUACAGCGAAAAUCCAGAUGUCGCUUUUGAGGAUCUUAUUACUAGAAGUGAUUGCAAAAUGAAUACAUUAACUGAAAUACUUGAAUGCCUUCGAGCUCUGAAUAUAUCAGAUCUACAAGACAUAUUUUCAUACGAGACCUUGUUUUUACCUGUUACCGAUGGUGAAUUUGUAAAAUACAACCCAUUCAGUCUGUUCAAGAAAAACACCAAAGAAUCUGCAGAGGCUUUGCGUAUUUUUACUGAUAUUGACGUUAUCAUGGGUACAUGA